UAACUUGAAAAAUAAGAAAAAAAAAUAACUUGGGGAAUUUCGUUUUGUGAUUGCGACCAGUUUGGUAAUGUGUGUUGCCAACUUCUCUUACUUUUGAGAAAUCUGUCAAAAGUGUUACAAAAAUGGCCAAGCGUACCAAGAAGGUCGGAAUUGUAGGAAAAUACGGAACCCGUUAUGGGGCUUCACUCCGUAAAAUGGUCAAAAAAAUGGAAAUUACUCAACACAGCAAAUAUUCCUGCAGUUUUUGUGGCAAGGAUGCCAUGAAAAGGAGUUGUGUCGGGAUUUGGUCCUGCAAGAGGUGCAAACGUGUGGUAGCAGGAGGCGCUUGGGUCUAUUCCACCACAGCAGCGUCAUCUCUCAGAUCAGCCGUUCGUCGUCUCAGAGAAGUUAAAGAACAGUAAUUUUUUUCAUUAAUAAAAUACCUAAAAACA